AUGGUGGCUGAGCCCUCAGACCCCAGCCUGGGGGUCCCUCCCACCCUGGGGACCUGGUCACCAGGCUCAGGCCCCUCGUCUUUUUUCAAUGACGUGACACAGAAUUGCACGGCUCGUGCCAACGAGAACCAGUCUUACUUACAUGUCUAUCACGCGGUCUCCCUGGUGACCCUCCUGGUGGGCCUGUGCGGCCUGGCGGGGGACGGGGCCGUCAUCUGGCCUCUGGGAUUCCGCGUGAAGAGGACCCCCUUCUCCGUCUAUGUCCCCCACCUGGCCUGCGCCGACGCCGCCUUCCUCCUGUGUGCCUGUGCCUGGAACACGCUGCUUCCUCUAAAUCAUCGCAUGAAGGAGCCUGUGCUCCUAGAGUUAGUCUGGGACACUUCGUACCUGGCGGGGCUGAGCCUGCUGGUGGCCGUCAGCGCCGAGCGCUGGGUGUCCGUCCUCUGGCCCCUCUGGCCCCGGUGCCGCCGGCCCGCCCGCCUCUCCCCCGUGAAUAGCUGGGUCUAUGAGGGUCUGGCCGCCGUCACCUUCCUGGGGCUGUGCGCGUCGGGCCUGACGCUGCUCGUCCGCGUCCAGUGCGGCCCCUGGAGGCGCCGGCCCAGCCGGCUCUACGUGACCCUCCUGCUCAGCGCCCUGGCCUUCCUGCUGCUCGGGCUGCCGUACACCGUGUGCUCCUUUGUCUUCCAAACGUCAUCAUUUCCUCUGUAUCUUCCCCUGGUACGACCCAGCUUACAUGUUCUCGUCGUCCUGGACAGCGCGGUGAACCCCAUCAUUUACUUCUUGUCGGGAGGCACGGGCAGCGGCCGGGCAGGGCCCGCCUCCGAGACGUGCUCCUCGGGCGCUGAGGGAUGA